AUGGAGGUGGCUAUAGUUGAAUCAGUAGGGAGUAUUCCUCUGCAAGACCCACCGGAGGAAGAGUUCUCGUCUGCUGACUUGACUUGGACCAAGUUUGGGAAUGGUGAGCACCAUGAUGAGGUUGCUCUUAUUCCUUAUGAUAGAGUUGAUGCUUUUAUAAUUGGCGAGUGCUCUAAUGUAUUGUGUCCCACUCGGUUUCAUAUCGAACGAGGAAGGAAACGGGCUAUUGGUACCUUGAAGGAGUACAAGGAUGAUGAAUAUCUUGAGUACAGGCUGUACUGGUGCUCGUUUGGCCCAGAAAAUUAUGGAGAGGGUGGAGAGAUACUUCCUAGUCGGAGAUAUCGACUUAAUACUCGAAAUCGUGCUGCUAGACCUCAAUCGAUGCGUGGUUGUACCUGUCAUUUUGUUGUCAAACGGCUUUAUGCUCGUCCAUCACUUGCGCUUAUUGUAUACAAUGAUAGGCGUCAUGUUAACACAGCUGGAUUUAUCUGCCAUGGGCCACUUGAUAGGGAUGCUAUUGGCCCAGGUGCCAAAAAAAUUCCAUACAUAUGCAAUGAAAUUCAGCAACAAACAAUGUCCAUGAUAUAUCUCGGCAUUCCAGAAGAGAAUAUUUUGGAGAAACACAUCGAAGGAGUCGAGCGUUAUUGUGGUUCAAAUGCAAAAGCCAAUAGCCUUGCUUCUCAGUAUGUUCACAAGCUAGGCAUGAUUAUCAAGAGAUCUACUCAUGAGCUUGAUCUGGAUGAUCAAGCUAGCAUCCGAAUGUGGGUCGAGCGCAAUCGAAAAUCUGUAUUUUUUCAUCAAGAUACUUCAGAGUCUGACCCUUUCAUCCUAGGAAUCCAAACAGAAUGGCAGCUGCAACAAAUGGUUCGUUUUGGUCAUCGUAGUGUUGUUGCAACAGACUCGUCCUUUGGUGUAAAGAGGCUUAAAUAUCCCUUGUUCACACUACUUGUUUUUGAUUCAAGACAACACGCACUUCCUGUCGCAUGGAUUAUUACACGUAGCUUUGCAAAACCUGAUGUGUCUAAGUGGCUGAAAGCCUUAAUUGAUCGAGCUCGUAGUGUUGAGCCUGGAUGGGAAGUCAAUGGAUUUUUAAUUGAUGAUGCUGCAGCUGAUAUUGAUCUUUUGAGUGAUAUAUUUGGUUGUCCAGUCCUAUUUUCACUAUGGCGCAUUCGUAGAUCAUGGCUAAGGAAUAUUGUUAGGAAAUGCAAUAAUAUUGAAGUUCGGAGGGAGAUUUUUAAGCGUCUCGGAACAUUAGUGUACAGCAUUUGGGGAGGCACUAAUACAUCAGUUGCAUUAGAACAAUUUAUGUUGGAUUUUGUAGACCAAACUGAUUUCAUGGAAUAUUUCAAAGUCUCCUGGCUGCCCAAGAUUGAAAUGUGGCUUUCGACAAUGAGAAAUUUUCCACUGGCAAGCCAGGAAGCUUCUGGAGCAUUAGAAGCCUACCAUGUUAAACUGAAAGCGAAACUUUUUGAUGAUUCACAUCUGGGAGCGCUGCAAAGAGUAGAUUGGUUAGUUCACAAGUUAACAACCGAGUUGCAUUCAAGCUACUGGCUUGAUCGUUUUGCUGAUGAGAGUGAUUCUUUCCAGAAUGUGAAGGAGGGAUAUAUUGCUUCUACAUCAUGGCAUCGGGCACUUCAAAUUCCCGACUCUGCAGUCACCUUGGACGAUAAGAACCAGCUCUUUGCCAAAGUUGUGAGCCAAAAAGACAACAACUUAACACACAUAGUGUGGAAUCCGGGAUCUGAAUUCUCAUCAUGUGAUUGUUCUUGGUCAUUGCAAGAUCUAAGGAGAAAACCCGUAGACGAUUCAUUUGAGUUGGACUUGUCAUUGGCUUGGACCCACCAAAUGCUAGAUCACAUCCAAAAAUUUGUUGAAUUGAAUAAUUCUCCUGAUAUUGGUACUAUAGUUAAUAAUAUGCCUUUGAAAUGGGUUUCAAAGAAAGGUAGAACCUAUGUUGGCAAAAAUUCUUCAAUUUCGGCUGCUAUUCCUAGAACCAGCGACACAAAAAGUAUUCUUAUAUAUAAGAAGAAUCGGAAGCGGAAAAGAUUGUCACGACUAAGAUGA